AGUGGUUCACUGAUGUCUAAAGGAGCAGAGUCUGAUAGACCCAUUCAUCAGAGGUCUCAAGUGGCUGAUGAGAGAGAUAGUCCUACUGAUCCCAGGUUUCACUCAGAAAAUCACAUGUCUCUCUCAGCUGUAUCCCAUUCCCAUGGCCCUAUUGAACCAGGUGGCUACAGAGCCUUAGAUCGGGAUAUGUCCUACAAUGACUCCCUCAGCAACUCUUCAUACCAGCCAUACCCAACCACACAGCCAUUUAUUCACACAGAUUACAGAAGAUCUCCAGAGAAACCUAUCAAUUCAUUUCCAGAGAGCAAUAGAGCAGGUGUCAUAAGUGCCCUCAAAGGUCUACAAGAUAAAAUACGAAAUCUUGAAGCUGAACGCUCGCAAGCUGAGGAAAAUUUAAAGACAUUAUCUAGUGAGACCUCACGAUUUAAAGAUGUCCUUAAUAGGGACCAGGAACGGAGAAGUGUCAAGCAGACUGAUAUGUCAAAGCAAACGCAAGAGUUGGGCUCCCAAUUAAGUUCAGCUGAGAGUCGCUGUCAGCUGCUGGAGAAACAGCUGGAGUACAUGCGCAAGAUGGUGCAGAGUGCCGAGACUGAUCGCAAUGCAGCCCAACAGCAAACCGCAGCUAUAGAGACACAAAAAAGAGUUACUAAUCUUGCUGAGGAUGAACAGCUACGGAGGCAACUUAAUAAAAUUGUUGAUUUGGAAAGGGAACAUUUAAAAUUAACUGCCACACAAACUCUUGCAGAGAGUAAAAUCAGGGAAUUAGAAGACAAACUUAAGGAAGAAAAACAUCAUAGAAAACUUAUCCAGGAAAAAUCAGCUGAACUCCAAAGUGCUGCAGAAACCAACAGAAUACUUAUAGAUGCUGUCUCUCCUACACUGCCAAGGAAACUAAAGAAGAAGAAAAAGAAAACAAUAUCAUCAAAGGCAUAUAGAAAACAAGAAUGUGAUCCACCCUCGCAUUUUAGAUUAAAUCUUAAAGAAAUCCCAUUUGUGGCAGGUCAGUCAACCUCUAAAAGCCAUAGACUAGGUGCUAAUGUUCAGAAUGUGCUAGCUUUAAUGAAGUCCCACAAUACAGACCUGUGCACUGCUGCAGGACGUACUAUCCCAACAGGCCAUAGUAAGAGAGGCUCUACAACCCCAUCAUCUUCUACAGAAGAAGAUCUCAAUGAUUUGAUGCUUCAAUUACAAGAUGAAUUUGGACAGAUGAGUUUUGAACACCAAGAGACAAUGAGACAGAUCAAUGAGACGGUGAACUACAGAGUACGAGAGGAUCUUGAGAGAGAACUGGAGCAACUGGUGGCUAAGAUGGAAGCUAAGGGAGACCAGAUAAACAGACUCAGGAGGAUGCAGCAAGAGCAUCGCAGUAUAAAAAGCAAAAAACAAUCAAAACAGUCUGGGGGUAGAGCAAAAUCCGCAACUGCGCAUCUGCAUACACCAGAGGGGGGAGAAGUGAAGGUGGUCACUACAGUUCAUACAAAAGGAGCAGCUACUGGUAAUGUGGUUGUACGUCCAUCCUCUGCUGGUGCUAAUGCUAGAGCCUCAUUGGGACUAUUAAAGGACAUGAAAAAAAUGCAAUCAUCUCUUCGAAAGGAUGAUAUAUCCUGGGACAAAUAAUAUCAAAUUAAUUGCCUGAUUAGGCUUAAGUUUUAUCAUAUUUUUAAUUACAUGCAUUCUGUGGAGAAAGAAGUUUAGCAUAUGAUGGUAUUGAGCAUCUAUUAUUCAGGCCUCUUUGAAUGAAAUGUGAAUGAUUGUCUUUCUAGUAUUUACACUCACACUAGGAGUCUUAAAAUCAGAAUAUUGUUUGCAAGCACAUAAAUCCUCAUCCCCAAAAACUCAUCAAGUCAAGAUAAUAAAUAUUAUUAUUAAGAAUAUGGGCAUGAUGAAUUUUUGGCAAUUCUGCAUAUUUUUCUAAAUCAAUAUUGGUGUAAUCAACAAGGUAUCAGUUUGAUGAUGACAGAACUAUGUUGAUUCGAAAUAUAUUGAUAAACAAAAUAUUAAAAAAUUUGGGCGACUGGAGAAUAAACAUAAAAUUAAAUAAGUAAAGUAGAUAAUUGAAUAAUGAAGCAGAAAAAUCCCAUAUAGUUUAUUGUACAAAUAACAAAUAAUAUAAUACCAAAAUACACUGAUGACUAAUUAGUCCCAUUCUAGUUCCUGUUUGAAUUACUGUACAAUACAUGUAGUUGCCUUUCUUCUGAGAAGCUCCGAGUUGUACUUUUUAAAAAUCCAAAAUUACCUUUUAUUUACAAAAUGAAGGAGCACUUAAUGUGUAAUGUCAGCAUUUAAUAUGUAAGUGCUAGGUCAGUAUUUCCAAGUUCAAAAAUAUUGAUAUAUUUACCUUGUCUUAGUUUUAGUACAGAUAUCUGAAUAUAUUGUACAUUUUUGUGUGUGUGCCACAUAAUGAUAUGAAGUGAUUAUGAGUAAUUGAAAUGCAUAUCUCGCAUUGAUAAUAUCUGCAUUAUUGAUCUAUGCACAUAACAUUGACUAGAACGUUUCCUUGGUCAAUGAAUUAACCUUAUAUUUCUUUGAUAUAUGUACAUGUCAUUUAUGUGCUAAUCAUUGCAUUUAUACAUUAAACUAAUUUUAGUGAUGUAGACCUUUGACCUAUCCAUUGAACCUGCGAUUUACAUACUUACAUAUAUUCAUUUGAAUUAAAGAGACAGUUGUUUUAACAUUUAAUCUUUAGUCUUGGUAAGCUAUAUCAUUUCGUUAUUUAUUCAAUAUUUUAUCUAGUUUUAAUUGUAAAUAUUAAUGUUAAUUAUGAACUUGUUUAUACAAUACAUAAUAGUACUUUACUGUACACGUAAAUCUAAA